UUAGGAACGAGGCCAAUUGCUGCUCCUCUGGAUGCCAUCUCGACUCACUGGCGUCAUAGGGACAACUUAUGUAACUCUGCCGUGCCUUGUUGCUGCGGAACAUGAUCAUCCCGCAUCCAAUCGCUUUGUCAUGGCGAAUCGGUGUAAUUACAUUCUCAGCUCCUGCGGCGGCGCCCACCUCACGACUGGCUCAGGUAGGAUGGCUGCCGUUUUUGUAUAUCUGAUAAAGAUUCUCGGACCCUAUUGUGCAGAGCGCAUUGGCUUGUGAAAGUCCAAUGACC